CACAAAUGAGAAACUAACUUUCUUCCCUCCCAACGCAUCUCUUUCCUAACCAAGUGAGGAGAAAUGGCACUCAAGGAGUAUCAAGUCGUUGGUCGCAAGAUUCCUACUGAGCACGAGCCCGUGCCCAAGUUGUUCCGCAUGCGUUUGUUCGCACCUAACGCUUCUGUUGCCAAGUCUCGUUACUGGUACUUCUUGAAGAUGAUCAACAAGGUCAAGAAGGCCACCGGUGAAAUUGUUGCCGUCAACGAGAUCAAGGAGGCCCGUCCCUUGCAACCCAAGGUCUUCGGUAUCUGGAUCCGUUACGACUCUCGCUCCGGUACCCACAACAUGUACAAGGAGUACCGCGACACCACCCGUGUUGGUGCCGUCGAGUCCAUGUACGCCGAUAUGGCUGCUCGUCACCGUGCUCGCUUCCGCAGCAUCCGUAUCCUUAAGGUUGUCACCGUUGAGAAGAAGGCUGACGUUCGCCGUAACUACGUCAAGCAACUUCUUGAGCCUGGCUUGAAGUUCCCCCUUCCUCACAGACGCGACUUCGGCAGCAAGCUCUUUGCUGCUCAACGUCCCAACACUUUCUACUAGACGCUUUGUUAUGCUCAAUGCGUGUAAUAAAAUCACGUCUGGAGGUGAAUCUCUGUUUACUGCGGGUUCGUGUA